AUGCUCUCUAAGGUUCGCUGCAUCUGCCUCACUUCCGCUCAUCUCUGCUCACCUCUUCCCACCGAAGACCUCCGCUCACCUCUUCCCACCGAAGACCUCCGCUCACCUCUUCCUGCCGACAACCUCGAGCUCACCUCACCUCACCGAGACUGUGACGACUGCUCAAGAUUGGAAGUCAAACGGCUUGGUGGUCUCCAUGUCAUUGGAACAUCUUUACAUGAGUCCCGAAGAAUUGAUAUGAUAAUCAGCUUCGUGGCAGAGCAGGAAGGCAAGGAGAUCCUGGAUCAACACGGUUCAUGGGUCAGGGAUGUGGAAAUGACAGAGAAGCUAGAUUACUCAUCUGCAGCAACAGUUAUUGGAUUUUCUCUCAUAGUAUCAAUACUAAGAGCUUUCAGUAUAAAAACUGAAGCUACACGUGUCAUGGUUGUAGCUCCUUUAAUCGCCUUUGUAACCACCCACAUUCUUUAUUUAAUCUACUACCAAUUUGACUAUGAUUUAAAUAUGAAGGUUUGUGCUAUAAUGGGAGUAGCACAGAGGUGGUACUCAGGGACGACUAUUAACUCGGCGGAGCUGUUGUGGUGGGAUCUGAUAGGCACACCAGGUAAAACACCACCUUUUCCUUUAUCCACCAGUUCAGUUAGAGGGAUGAAGCUUCAAGCUUUCUUUGACAUGGCUAAUGAGCAAGAAAACCAUGCAGAAAUGUUAGAAGGUUAUAAAGCUAUCAACAUUCCAUCAGAAGAUGAGAAGAAUAAUCAAAGCUCAUUGAAUGCUCGAUUAGAGGCUAUUGCUUGGCUUCAACAGGCUUUCAACUUCCCCUAUUGUAUUGGAUUCGUCACCAACAAUCAGUUUCCCUCCUUGCCUUAUAAUUCUAUCAACUUCUACAAUAACAUGUGCGAUUUUACACUUGCAAGCAGCAUGGAGAAAAGAUGGUCUGAUGGAGGAGAUUGUAUGUCUCAGGGAGCAUUACAACCCAAGAUAAUUAAUUGUGGUGCGACUCUAACUGCAUUUGGGAUGCUACUGAGGUUUGUAGUAGAAACGAUGGUUGUUAGUUCUCUUAUCAUGGCUUUGCGAGGUUGGGGUGACAAAGUUCGAUACACAGGUGAUGAUAUUGAUGAAAUCCGUGAAGAAUGA